AUAACUAUUCUCACUUCUUAUUCAAUGGUUGCUUCUUCAACCUUUUAAGGGUAAAAGUUGAAACGAUUCCUAUUUCAUAACGAAGAAGAUCUUGCCAGUCUCAGAAACAGAGGCGAGUGAGGGUAUCAGAAUUGGAGAAGAGAGGGGUAGAAGCAAAAAUUAUAUAAGCUUUUGUGCUAUCAAAUAGCAACAACUACAGCGCAUAGAGGGUUUUGCAGUUUUGUGUCAUGAUGAUGGAUUCUGAAGGAUUGGAGAAUGGGAUUGAAGAGUUGAAAUUGAAGGAAGAGAAGGGUAAUGCACAUGCACAGCCACAGGGUCAAUUGCAGAUCACUACCUUUUCUGAACUCGUCAAUGAUGUUAACCUCCAUUUUCAAAUCAUUCGCUUUCCCAAACAGAUAUAUGUUUGGAUUGGUUACAAUUCUGCAAAAUUGGGACACAUGUAUGCAGCAGCUUCUACUCGUCCUAACAAUAUGGUAUCUGUCACUUCCAUACUUGGAGGGGUUUCUGAUAAUACAGGGUCUGGCAUUGCUCAUCGAUUAGUGUUAAAGACUGGUCUCAACAUAAUUUUGGCUUGCAGUAUUCCAAAAAAUAGCCCCAUUCUUGAGACAGAAGCUGAGAAAAUAUUGAUUCAGAAACUCAUCAGUUUGGGCUAUACCAAGUCAAGAUUGGGAGGAACAUCUUUGUAGUACAGGCCUGGGAGACCUUAUACACAUCAAACAUGCAUUAUCCCAAUGUUUUUACCUAAUUUAGCAGCCAUAGUGGCUAUUGAAGACUUGAAGCAUUUUUACCCGACACAAAAACUGUUAACUAAUAGCCGUUGUUGCUCGGAUCUCUUGUCCAUGCUUGGUGCAAACAUAUGAGAUGACUAUAGAUUUUCCAACUGUUUAGGAUUCAUAGCGACUUAGAAAUUUUCUUAUGAUUGAACGUUUCGCAAUUAAUGAUGUUGAUGCUACAUUACUGGAAUGAAUGCCCCAUUUUUCCUUGAACAUGCAUCAAUCUUUUUAAGGUAA